AUGAGCGACCAGGCCGGAUCUUCGCCCCGGCGCUCCGUGUUCAACGACCUCCGUCUGGAGGGCCAGUUUUGCGACGCGGUCAUCAACGUGGAGAACGUGACGUUUGACGUCCACAGGGUCAUCCUGUGUGAAUGCAGCGAAUACUUCAUUGCUCUCUUCGGACGCUGGUGCCCACCAGGCAAGAAAGUCUUCAUCAUACCAGGAGUGUCUCCCGACGCCAUGCGGCUCAUCAUUGAGUUUGCGUACACCGGCUCCGUUUCAGUGACUGAAGAAAACGUGCGGGAGCUGCUGCUGGCGGCUGACCAGCUCAACGUGAUGGCCGUCGUGCAGACUUGCUGCGACUUCCUCGGGGAGCAGCUCAAAGCGGAGAACUGCAUCGGCAUCUUUGAGUUCACCGACAUCGUCUUCUGCCCCGAACUGCAGCGCAGGGCCUACCGCCACGUGGUGGAGCACUUCGAGGAGGUGGCUCGCCACGAAGAGUUCCUGCAGCUGUCCCUGCAGCAGCUCAUCGACCUCCUCGAAAGAGACGACCUCAACGUGAGGAACGAGAGCGUCGCCUUCGAGGCCGUCCUUCGCUGGAUCGACCACGCGCCCGAAACACGGAAAGCACACAUAGCGGUGCUCUUUUCAAAGGUGCGACUGGCCUUGACGAGUUUGAACUACAUGCGGCUCAAGGUUCUGUCCAAUGAGCUGGUGAGCACCAGCACUGAGUGCCUGUCAAUGGCCCGGGGUGUCCUCGAGGCCAUCGGUCACAUCAGGACCAGCAGGCCUUCGCUCAGCAACCCUCUCCUCCGCCGUCGCCUCCCGAACGCCGUCCUGUUGGCCAUCGGAGGCUGGAGCGGCGGCAAUCCAACCAACGCCAUCGAGGCGUACGACUUCCGCGCCGACUACUGGGUGAACAAGACAAACAAUUGCGAGCGUCCCCGCACCUUUCACGGCACCGCCGUCCUCAACGGGAGCCUCUACUGCAUCGGCGGCUUCGACUGGGCGGAGUAUUUUAACAGCGUGCGCAGGUUCGACCUGAGGACGCGCGUCUGGCACGAGGCCGCCUCCAUGUGCCACUGCCGCUGCUCCGUGAGCGUCACCGCGCUGGACGGAUGCAUCUACGCCAUGGGAGGCUUCGAUGGGAACUCGUGGCUCUGCACCGCCGAGCGCUACAGGCCCGAGGCCAACCAGUGGAGUCUCAUCGCGCCGAUGCAAGAGCACCGGAGCGACGCCAGCAGCACGACGCUGCACAACAAGCUUUACAUCUGCGGAGGCUUCAAUGGGAGCGAGUGCCUGCAGACGGCUGAAUGCUACCUCCCGGGGGCCGACCAGUGGACGCUGAUCGCCCCCAUGAGGAUCCCGCGCAGCGGAACUGGCACCGCUGCAUAUGGAGGUCUCGUGUAUGCAGUUGGCGGCUUUGAUGGCAACAACUGUCUGGACACUGCAGAGGCGUACGACCCCGUGCACAACAGCUGGCAGGAAGUGACGCCCAUGGUGACGCCCCGCAGCAACUUCGGCAUCGAAGUGCUGGACGAUCGUCUCUUUGUUGUCGGGGGCUUCAACGGCAACACCAGCUGCUGCAACGUGGAGAGCUACGAGGGGACGACCGCUGAGUGGACGGAGGCUUGUGACAUGGGCAUUUCCCGCAGUGCCCUGAGCUGCUGCGUGGUGUCCGGGCUCCCCAACAUGGCCGACUACGCUGUUCCCCGGGACGCACUGCUGCUGUUACACCAGGAUGCAGACUCGGACGAACACUCCUCAACCGUGCCAUCACCCACACGGUUUUAGAUAAAUAAAAUGUCUUUGUGCGUUAAUCUGCUGUCACUCCAGAUAACCCGGCUGCUAGCUGCCGGCAAAUACAAAGAAUACACACAUCCAGAGGUGUUGGCUCAUUUCAGACCUUUAACCCCCCUUCCCCGCGGGGGGGGGCAAGACGUGAUUGUGGGAACUCACUGACAGCCAAUGAAAUUGCAGUAUUAUCUACGCUGUCCAAUGUCCUGAAAAGCCACGUUUGGACGCGGGUUCGAGACUCAGUUGGGCUGUUGAUCAAGAAAAGUGUUUCCCACUUUAUCCCAGUGGCAGACAGAUUAUAUCAGUACUUGACUUAUUUAUUUAUAACCUAUAUGUAACAUAUUAGUUUUCUUCUCAUAAACAUUUGAAUUGCAAUUACUUAAAUUAAAUAUGUAUUUACUGUUCACUAUAAUGAUUCACAUAUUAAUGACAAAUGUAGACAUUAGUCCAUGAAAUAUAUUUAUUCACAACAGGGACAGUAAAUAUUGAACACACAGGCCAUAGUGCAAGGUCACACAAACAAUAAAAACAAUAAAAAUAGUCAAACAAAUAUAAUUUAUAUCAUAAAUGUAUAGAUGCUGCUGCUGCAGCGCUACCUCGUGGCUAAACAACAUGGUUACUCAGACAUAUCUAAUGUGGUCGCAAAAGCACAAAGUAAAUAUGCUGUAAUCCUUGAGCCCAGCAUUUGAGAAAAAAACUCAGAGGGACAGGUAAAGCAAAACUGAAUGAAGCAUCUCAAAUCAAAAAGUCCAGGAUGUUCUGGACCAAAUGUGGGGACGAUUGCUCCAACUCUGUAGGAAAAGCAGCAACAAAACAACACUAAUGACAAACAAUUAAAAAUAGAAUUAAAACGACCUAUGUGUGUGGCUUAUAUGGGUCGAUUCAUCUGGUCCAAGAAUGAUAUAUUUAUUGUUUCUAAGACUUCCGGUUCAAAAGUGAAAGCAGAAAAAAAGAGGAACAAAAGUAAUGUAAUUGUGUCAAAACGCUACAUUUGCAAUUUUUUUAACAAAGACCACACUAUUGGGGAUGAUUAUAAUAUAGAUUUAGGAUGCUGGUGUUCUCUCCAUUGCAUGCUGUGGUUCUUUGUGCCUGAAAGGAGAGAGAGAGAGAGAGAGAGAGAGCGAGACAGCGGGAGAGGGAGAAGAUCCACGAACACGUGAUCAUUGUAAUCAGGCGUGCUGAUAUUAUAAUCCAUCUCUCUUAAACGUCGUACCUUUUAAAAUAAAUAUUGGGGAGCUCCCCCCCCUAAAUCCGUCCAUCAAAUGAGCUCACAAACCAAACACUUUGGACCGAGAGUGCCGGCAAGGUCACAUGGCACUAAUUCACUUCCUUAGUUGUCUGUUACAAUUAUGUCGCAUUAUUUUGAUAAACAGCCGCCAAGGGGAUUGCUUAUAAUUAUAACAUAAAUAUCAAUUUAUUUAAUAAUAAUACUUUGGCAUAAUACGUAACUCACUACUCAUGAGUUAAUGGUUUGCCCCGCUGACCUGCAGUCUCAAGCUCUAGCACAGGGGUACUCAACUUCGGAGGCCAAGAGGGCCACAUUUAAACCACAACAGGUGCAAAGGGCCACACAUUAUUAUGAACAUAUAUUUGUACCAUUUUAUUCACUGUAUUUACUACUGCUGUUUAAUAUGCUGUCUUGCUAGUCAUUUUUAAUGCAUUCCAAAGCAUCAUGGAAUAUUUAACAAAUAUUCUCAAUUUCGGUAACAAAUGUAGUGUAGCGACUGCUUUUCCAAGGAUGACAAGUGUUGGUCAAGCUGAUGUUUUAUUAACACUGGAGUGAAUAGCUUUGCAUUGAUGACAUUGAUAAAGUUUGCAAUUGCUACUUUU